ACAGAAGCGAACGUUGCUGGGGGUGCAGUUCGGGAGCCUUUGCAGGGGGACUUAUAUAAAAUAUAAAACAUAUCAAAGAAUUAUAGUUUUAAAUUAUGAUGGUGGUCCCGAAUGCAAAAUCGUUAGGUAUUUUUAAUUAUUUCGCUUUACAGCACGCAGUUAUAAUACGACACGCCACAUCUGAAAUUUCUUCCAAGGCAAGCUCCUGAAACUGGUCUCCCUUUAGGGCCUGGCGGCUGGACGACGCCGACAAACUUGAGCGCUACUAGCUAAACAGAACUGAAAGUGAAAACUCACAUGUUCUGUCAGUCCACGGCUAUUUGGACAGCCGGGUAGGCGGUAAUUCAGAAAUCAUGACACUGGACGGAUAAAGGAGAAAACUACCAGUGCUGUGCCAAGGAUAGUUUCAACCGCCUGUAGCUAAAGCAUUCUUCGGUGAGCAACACAUAAGGCGGUUGUUUGAGGUAUGGAUUUGGAGCGACAGAAGCGCAAGGAUGAAAUCCAGAAAGCGCUGGGAUUCAUACAGUCAUCCUUGCCCUAUCCAGAGCCUGAAGGUUAUGAGGCCUUUCUCACCCAGUUAGUGUGCAACCUGCUGGGCGAGGGGAACACUGUGUUUCGGGAAGGUGACUGGAGGCAGGCGGCGGUGCAUUACAGCGAGGGGGUGAGCGUGGCGCGCUACGCCCAGGCCGAGGCGCUGGUCAUCCCGCCCGCGCUGCUGGAGAGCCUCUACGUCAACAGGGCCGCCGCACACUACAGCACUGGGGAGUAUGAGCGGGGCGUGCAGGACUGCGACAGCGCGCUGGCCGUGUGUGAGGGCAGCCGCAAGGCCCUGUACAGGAAGGCGCUGUGCCUUCGGGAGCUGGGCCGGCUCAGGGAGGCCUACGAGUGCAGCACUGGCUGCCUGCUCACCGAGCCGCAUGACAGGCAGGUGAGUGACCUUGCCCAGGAGCUGGCCAGUAAACUGGGCCUGAAGGUCCGUAAAGCCUAUAUCAGCCCACAGGCGGAGUCAGCAGCAGAGGUGGGAGAAAGCAAUGGAGACUCUAGUUCUACAGGAGAGAUGACUGCUAACGGUCUGGAGUCAUUAAAUGCCAUCUCAACAGCUGACUUAACCAGUGCCCAGUGCAUUCCGGCCCCCCUGGCCACCCCUGUCCCCGUCAGUGACGACACCUCGCCCCCGUCCUCGGCCCCCGUUGUCCCCCAGGACCUACCGGAGAGCCCGAGCCAGGGGCUGCCGAGGGUGCCGUACUCGGUGCCUGUGUCUGAGCACCUGGGCGAAUGCGAGUCGAUAAGGGAUGAGCUGGACAGUCUGCUGGACCGCAUCCCUAAGGGGUCUGGGGUCAGCAUGGCGUCGGUCCAGGGUGCCAUCCCCACCAAUCUCCCCAACACGGCAGUGGGCCUGCGGCCCCCGUACCCCUCCGGCCUGCCCGCCCCUGCGGCCCAGCUGCAGCCCCCGUUCUUCGGCUCCGCCGUCGGCCAGCUCGGCUCCCUGGACGACUUCGCGGGGCGGGGCUCGAGCGAGGCCUCGGGGCAGGCGCUGGACGCCCUGGGCCCCUUUAGCCCCGCGGCCGGCGGGGGGGCGGGCGGAGGGGGGCUGGACUCCCUGUCUGAGUACACCCUGCCUGGAGGAAGAGUUUCUCACAAUUUCAUCCCUGGAUUGCGCAGCCACAGCUCUCCCAACAUUAGCACCCCAGCAAGCACCAACCUCUCCCUGCUGUCCCGCAACCCUCUGGCUGCCACCCAUGAGUUCAGACAGGCGUGCCACGCCUGUUACAGCCGAAUAGGUCCUCGGGUCAUGGACUACCAGUACCAGCCCGAUGCGGCCCAUCGCUGCAAGCGGGACGUGCUGCUGUGUCGCCUCAGAGGGCAGGAGGACCUCACCUGGAAGAGGAUCCGACCCCGCCCUGCCCGAAACAACUUCCUGGGCGCCUUUGUCCUCUGCAAGGAGGUGCAGGAGCGCCAGGAGUGUAAGUACGGGGAGAACUGCACCUUCGCCUACUGCCAGGAGGAGAUAGACGUGUGGACGCAGGAGAGGAAAGGAGCGCUAAGCCGGGAGCUGCUGUUCGACCCGCUGGGCAGCACUGAGAGACGAGCCCUGAGUGUCACACGCCUGCUGCAGCUGCACAUGGGCAUGUUCAUGUUCCUCUGUGAGGAGUGUUUCGACAGUAAGCCACGCAUCAUCAGCAAGCGCAGCAAGGAGAACCUGGCUGUCUGCUCCAACCUCACGGCCCGCCAUCCCUUCGACGAUAACAAGUGCCUGGUGCACGUGGUCCGGUCGGCCAACGUGCGCUACAGCAAGGUGCGGCCGCUGCACCCGCUCUGCCAGUUCGACGUGUGCCGCCACGAGGUGCGCUACGGCUGCCAGCGCGAGGACAGCUGCUCCUUCGCCCACUCCGUCAUCGAGCUCAAGUGCUGGGUGCUGCAGCAGGACACCGGUAUUACCCAUGAGGAGAUGGUGCAGGAGUCCAAGAGACACUGGCAGAGGCUGGAGCAGAAUGCACAGAGACAGAAGCCUUUGCCCAUGCCACACCCGAGCAGUGGAGGUGUUGGGAGCGAUGGUGGAGGAGGAGGAGGUGGGGGUGGAGGAGGAGGAGGAGGAGGUGGGGGCGGCGGCGGAGGCGGAGGCGUAGGAGGACGAGCCAGGGGACUGAACCUUAAGAUGAAGUUUGUGUGCGGGCAGUGCUGGAGGGAUGGGCAGGUCAAUGAGCCAGACAAAGCACUGAAGUAUUGCACUGCCAAAGCACGGCACAGCUGGACGAAGGAGCGACGGGUGCUGCUGGUCAAGUCCUUCGAGAAGAAGAAGUGGGUGGUGGUGCGGCCCCUGCCGUUCUCACGCACCUACCCCCAGCAGUACGACAUGUGUGUCCACGUAAUGAAGCAGAAGAAAUGCCACUAUAUAGGGAACUGCUCCUUCGCCCACAGCCUGGAGGAGAGGGACGUGUGGACAUACAUGAAGAACAACAGCUUGAGAGACAUGCAGCAGAUGUAUGACAUGUGGCUGGCGCUGACCAAUCAGAACCGACGGACAGAUGGUACCCUGUUAACCCCGCCCCCAGAGGAGAAACAGAUCACCAUGCCAACAGAUUACACUGAGCCCAUGGCUGGGCAGCGGCUGUCCGGAGGGGCCGAGCUGUGACUACGCCCACAGUGAGGAGGAGCUGGCCGAAUGGCGGGAGAAGAGGGUCUUCCUGCGGAGGAAAUUGGCCAAGGCUCACAACGACACGCUGAUUGUGCCUGCCGACCGCAACUUUGGGAAGUACAACUUCCUCCUGCAGGACUGAGGCAUUACCUGACAGGUGGUCAAAGCAGACAGAUGGACACGUUGAUACACACACACACACACACACACACACGCACACACUCAGAUGCUGACUUACGACAUACGCAGGCACUUACCUGUGUAUGUAUGCACGCAGUUGUGUAUUUAUGCAAGCACGUGCCCAUUUAUAGACGGGGUUAUUUUGUGCCAUUAGGAUGGAGUUUCACACCCAGCCUCAGUACACAGCAUCCCCCCCUGCAAACAGGUAUAAUAAUAC